CUGCCUUGUCAUCGCCUGCCCGCCCGAGCCCAGCCGCUGAGCCGUGCUGCCCUGAGCGCACGGAACCCGGAGACCCAGCCCACCGCUGGGGGUGGGGGACAGAAACUUCAGCCUGAGCAGCCCCGCCCAUCCCCCCCGCCCCGCAGCGCUCCGGGGAGACUGCGUGGAGGGGAGGCAGGCACCAUGGGUAACGCGCAGGAGCGACCUUCAGAGACCAUCGACCGCGAGCGGAAGCGCCUGGUGGAGACGCUACAGGCCGACUCGGGGUUGCUGCUGGACGCUCUGCUGGCGCGGGGCGUGCUCACGGGGCCCGAGUACGAGUCGCUGGACGCGCUGCCGGAUGCCGAGCGCCGGGUGCGCCGCCUGCUGCUAGUGGUGCAGAGCAAGGGCGAGGCCGCCUGCCAGGAGCUGCUGCGCUGCGCCCAGCGCACCGUGCGCGCCCCCGACCCCACCUGGGACUGGCAGCACGUGGGCCCUGGCUACCGCGACCGCUACUACGAUCCUCCAUGCCCAGGCCACCGGACUCCCGCAUGCCCUGGGCUGCCCCAAGCGUCCGACAGCGAUGGGACGCGGGGACCUGAGGGCUCCGAGGCAGGGCAAGAGGGAACCGUCGGGGAGCCCGAGCAGGAAGCUGAGGCCCCUGACCCCACUGAGCCGGAGUCGGAACCUCAAACGGAUCAGGAUCUGGAGCCGGAACCCGAAGAAUCAGAGCCGGCACAAGAGCCAGAAGCCGAGCCGGAGCCGGAACCUGAAGAGCCGGAGCCCGAGCCCGAGCCCGAGCCCGAGCCCGAGCCCGAGCCGGAGCCCGAGCCGGAGCCAGAGCCGGAGCCGGAGCCGGAGCCGGAGCCCGAACCCGAGCCCGAACCCGAGCCAGACUACUCCGAGCCAGACUACGGGGCUGGGGAUGAGUCAGAAGAUUCCUGAAUGCCUCGGUGCUGCCCGGCCUGGAUCCCACCGAGGCCUUAUCUGCCCAGGGCCGCUGGGUGGAAACUCACUCCGGAGGGACCACCUGGCUCUGCUUAAGAACUCUGGUGUGACCUGGGCAGCCCUGUGCACCCCUUCCCAUUCUCAGCCCCAGAUUGUCUGCAACAUAUUGGGAUCCCAGCCCCAAGCCCUCUGUGGGACAAGAGUCUGCUUCCUGCAGCCUCCUCCUUGGCCCUUUGCCACCCUCACGGCCUUUUGGGGGCCUGGCACCCAGAGCGAGGAAACGGACCUCUCCCUUCCACAUCGGGAGGGCUGGAUCUCAUCACCUUGGAAAUGAAUCUCCAUGGUGAGGCAUAUGCCGUGCGUGUGUGAGAGGCUCUGGGUUCGAUCCCCUAUACCAAAGGGGGGUGGGGAAAGGAGGAAGAGGAAGGAUCUUGGGGGAGCGGA